AUGACAUAUUAUCUGUCUGUCUCGCCCCCUCCCUCAACAGGUUUAAAGUGGUUCGGGAUUUUCCCUAACCUCUCCUUCCGCCGCAGCUCAUUGUCUGACAAAUCCAACUCCAAGUCCUCCUCCUCCGAGCCUGAUGGGGCUCUGGACAUGGUAUCCUCCCCCAUCGCUGCGGAGACGUUUGUUGACGACAUGGAUAUGAUGCAUCCAUGCACCUCCAGCUAUGCCCGCUCCAGCGACAACUACACCCACAUGGGCACCUUGCCUCGCUUCCUCCUCAGGAAGAGGGACAAGAGUGGGAGUUCUGGGAAAAGAGGGACCAAGAAGAUCAAGGAGAAGACAGGGGCAGGGCUGAGCAGGAGUCAGAGCCAGCGGCCGGCAGGGGACAAUGUGUGUAGCUCUCCUCUGCUCAUGGCACUAUCCAGCCAGCCUGGCUCCAGAAAGGACCAGCCUCUCUCAACUUUAUCCAGCCAGGCUGGUCCUGGUCCAAGGCCCCAACGGGACCAGGGGCUGCCUCCCAUCACCAGAGGGGGAUCACUUGACAGGAAUGAACACGGAGACCCACAGGCCCACCUUGAGGAAGAAGAACCACACCAAGGGCAGCUUACGUCAGCUCAGGAUGUGGAGUCUAGUACCUCUAACGCCCCUCCACUCAUGUGUGAAGACGUCUCCAAAGAACACACAUUCACCACUGAUCAGGGUGCAUCUUCAGAUACAGCUUCAACUGGUGGGGCCAGAAGGAACCGUCCUACUGUACCUGGUCAGUCUGAUUCCGUCUCCAAUUGUUGA